AGCAACCUCAUCCCCCCCUCUCAGUGCGCUCUGCACGCUUUAAGACUCCCCGCCUCACCCUCAGUCCACGCGAGAGGCAGGAUCGCGCAGCUGUGCCGGAUUAGACGCUUCUGAGGUGAGCUGCAGACGGGAUAAGGACCACCUUGCCAGCUAAAAUAAAGCAUCUGGAGAGAAGUUGGAAGAGGAUCCGUCAGUAGGAGGAUUGUUAUGUGUUUUUGAAGAGUUGGAUGGAGAAGAUGUGGACUCCUCGGUGAGGUGAGCGUCUGGCUUUCUGCUGCGAUUUUACAGAGUUCUGGAAGAGUUAUAGAUCAAACUGCAUGGACAUAAUUCUAGAAUGGUGCUUAAAAGACUUUGAGAGCAUCACAAACUGAUGGAUGAUAAUCAGCUCAAAGAUCAAACAGUGCAAGUGAUGAAGAUCAAAGAUAAUAUUGACGAUAAGCAGGAAUGAUACAGAUAAAAAUCAUGAUUCAGAAAAUCACUAUUAGUAGUGAUGAAGAUCAGAGGUGAGAAUGAUCAAGAUAAAAAGUAAAGGUUGCAUUGAAGAUCAGUCAUGAUAAUGAUGAUACUGAUUGAAGACCUAAAACAGGGUAGAUGAUCAGUGCUGAAGGUGAAGAUUACGGUAAAGCUCAUGAACAACAUUUAAAAAAAGGUGACGUAAAUCAACGAUGAUUAAGAGCUAAUGAAGAUGUUCAAGAUACUGAAGACCACGCAGACACCUUUUGAAGAUCAUUUUUAUAGCUGAUGACAAUCAGAGAUGAAGAUCAGUGCCAAAUAAAAUUAAGAGCACUAAUGAAUCUGACAAAGAUCCACAUCAAAGAUAAAGAUCAAAGGCCACUGAAGAUCAAUCUAACAUAUUUUGAAGAUCGUUCUUGAAGAUUUAAAAAAAGAGAUCUAAAGAUAUUGCAGAUCCAUCUUAAAGCAUUUGGAGUUCAGACUUAAUCAUUUUAGGGUCUGUCUUAAUACAUUGAACAUUAGUCUCAAUUCUUUUGGAGAUCAAUUAAAAAGACUCUGGAGAUCAGUCUUAAUGCAAUCUUGAUGAUUUUAAAAUGAGGUUUACAGAUUUUAGAGAUCAGUCUUAAGGUUUUGUUUUUGAAGAUCAGUCUUAAAGACUUUGGAGAUCAGGCAAAUAUAAUUUAGGGACUAGUCUUAACCCUUGAUUAAUAAUAUUAUUCUUAUUUUUUUAAAGACAAACAAAAAACAACAUUUCUAGUCCAAGACCUCGAUGAUCAGUCUUACAGUAUUAUAGGAUUUACAAAGUUUUUUAAAUUAAGGCUUAUGUAAUUUAUAGACCAGCCUAAAUGCUUUUAUUGAUCAGUCUUAAAGCUUUUAAAAAUCAGUCUUAAAGCUUUUAAAAAUCACUCUUAAAGACUCUGUCUAACCGACUUCAAAAUUCAGUCUUAAUCCAUUUGGGGAUCAGUCUUAAUGACACUGUAGAUCAGUCUUAAAAAUGUGGGGAUCAGUCUUAAAGCUUUUAAAGAUCAGUCUUAAAAAUUUUGUUGUCUGAAUGCUUUGGAAGGUCUGUCUAACCGACUUAAGAUUUAAGUCUUAAUCCAUUUGAGGAUCAGUCUAAAUGACACUGAAUAUCAGUCUUAAAGCUUUUAAAGAUCAGUCUUACCGACUUUGAGGAUCAGACUUAAAGCUUUUAAAGAUCAAUCUUUAAGACUUUGAGGAUCAUUCUUAAGGCUUUUAAAGAUCAGUCUUAAAGACUUUGCGGAUCAGUCUUAAAGCUCUUAAAGAUCAGUCUUAAAGACUUUGAGGAUCAGUCUUAAAGCUCUUAAAGAUCAGUCAUAACAACUUUUGAGCUUUAUUGAUCAUAUCAAAUGAAGGACAUGUUAUGUGUCUGUGAUGAUCAGUCUUAAGAACAGUGCUAAAGGUGAUGAAGACCGGUCCUGAAGGUCAGUGUUAAAUAUCGGAGUAUCAGUGGUGAAGUUGAUGAAGAUCAGUGAUGAAGAUGGCUCCUCUUUCCGAUCUUCUCCGUUUGUUCUGAACUCCUCCGGACAGUCACAGCAUGGCUCUGACCGAGACCUGCAGACUCUACCAGUCUCCUAAAGACGUCGGCGGCUCGGCGCAUGGAGCUUCGGACGUCAUCGAGCUGAACGUGGGCGGCCAGGUGUACUACACGCGGCGCGCGACCCUCGCGGCCUUCCCGGACUCCGUGCUGGGCCAGAUGUUCUCCAGCGCGGCCGGCGAGCUGGCGAGAGAUGCGCGCGGCCGCUGCUUCAUCGACCGGGACGGGUUUCUGUUCCGCUACGUGCUGGACUACCUGCGCGACCGGCGCGUGGUGCUGCCCGAGCGCUUUCCGGAGCGCGCGAGACUCCGCCGCGAGGCCGAGCACUUUCGCCUGCACGAGCUGGCGGGCAUCCUCGCGUCGGCGGAGGACGAGGCGGACGAGGGCGGCGGGGGCGGCAGGGGGGUCCCGGACGACGCGUCCCCGUCCAGCGAGAGGACAGCGCGCGACGGCGCGUGCGGCUUCCUAACUGUGGCGUGCAAGGGCGCGCGCGUGGGGGAAGCGCCGGCGCCGAGGAUCUCGGUGUGCGGGCGCGUGGGGCUCGCGCGCCAGGUGUUCGGGGACGCGCUGAGCGAGAGCCGCGACGCGGACAGAGCGCGCGAGCGCUACACCUCGCGCUGCCAUCUGCGCUUCAGGCACGCGGAGCGCGCCUUCGACAUGCUCGCGGAGAGCGGCUUCCGCAUCGUGGCGUGCAGCACGGCCGUGGCCAGCAGGCACGCGGACGCCGAGAGGGGCGCGUGGAGCAGCAACACAGAGUACGUCUUCUACCGUGGUCCGUCUACCUGGUCUUCCUCUCAUUGCGAGUGCUGCUGUAAGAGUCAGAAGAGUGAGCGCGAGGGUGAGAGCGGGACGUCCUUUAAUGAACUCUCCACGUCCUGCUCCGAGACCCAGUCUGAGGCCAGCUCUCCUCAGGAGACGGUCAUCGUCCGGCCCGCGCCGCGCCAGCCCAACGCCCAGACGCUGGACCGGGUUAUGCAGAAGGGGCCGCCCCAGGCCCUGCAGCAGGCUGAGAUGAGGCGCAGGACGGACCUGCUGAGGGCCCGCACGUCCGGACCCCGAGACCUUAUGCACGCAAAGAGGAAAGCUGGCAAGGAGAAGAUGACCCCCGAGCAGGAGCUGCAGAAGUGCAUCCAGGACUUCCGACGAAUCAAAAUCCCAGAGCGCUUCCCGGACAGGAAGAACAUGUGGCAAUCUGAACUCCUGAGGAAGUAUCGCCUCUGAAAACUGGAAGUGUGUGUGUGGGGGUAUGUGUGGGUAUGUGUGUGUGGAACAUGAGCUACUUAUCUGCACUCGAGAUCCCACUCUGACUCGCACUUCUCUCAGGACGCAAUCUGUCGCUCGGAUCUUCCAGCGAGACGCUCGGUGCGCUGCAAACAAUGCGCUUAACCUUGACUGACUCCCAGACGCCGCUGUUCUGCUCUGUUCUGUUACAAAGCGCAAUUACUCCGACGCACACCUCUGAGCUGCGAAUCAAUUUCACACUGUCUAAACAAACCAGCCCUUUAAGGAAUGCUGUGGAAUGGGUUGGACACGCACUGAAUAAGCACCUGUCACCUGCUCUCAGCAACGAACUGAACACUGCACCAAUCAGACACACUGGCUUAGAGCAUCCAGGAGGAGUUACACUACCCUUCAAAAGUCUGGACUCACUACUGUCAAUGGCAUUAAUCCAAUGGAUCUUUCCACAGAUGCAUUCGUUCAUACACUGUAUUGCCAAAAGUAUUUGCUCACCCAUCCAAAUCAUUCAACUUAGGUUCUGAUUACUUCCAUAGACACAAGUGUAUAAAAGCAAGCACCUAUAGGCAUGCUGUAGAUUGCUUCUACAAACAUUAGUGAAAGAAUGGGUCACUCUCAGGAGAUCAAUUAACUCCAGAAGUGAUUGUACUGUGAUAGGAUGCUGCUAAAUAUUCCACAGCCAACUGUCAGUGAUAUUAUAAGAUAGUGGAAGAGACUGGGAAUGACAGUGACUCGUCAGUGUAAAAUAACAGAGCGAGGUUAGCGGAUGCUGAGGAGAUCACCAACUUUCUGCAGAGUCAAUUAAUCAAUCACUACACACCUCCAAACUUCAUGUAGCUUCAGAUUAGGUCAAGAACAGUAGAGAAAAGUAGAGAGACUCAUGGAAUGGAGAGUUUCCCUGGCCAAGCAGCUCCAGCCAAGCCUUACAUCACCAAACAAAAGACAGACAAGAGGAAUACUUUUGGCAAUAUAAUGUAGAUUAGCAGUUUGGAUGUGUUUUACAGAUAUAAUAUAAGUUUGUUUGCUGUUUUUAUCCUUAUUUUUUUAUAAAGUGUGUUUUCGCACUUGCACUUUUGGUCCAGUUAAAUCACACUCUAGUUUAUCUUAACCCUUUAAUGCAAUUUGUUUGGUCAGGUAUGAAUACAGUAAUCGCUUACGAGAGGAAGGGGUUUUACUCCCAAAUGAAAUCUGGAAUGUUAAUUUGUGGUGAUAUCAUGAUCUGACUUCGAUUCAACCCAACUAUAAGUGGUAUUCUGCAAGUCUGUGCUAAACUGCAUUAUGCAUAUGGAGUUUAAGCUAGUAAAUUACCUCAAUAAUUACUACAGCUAUGAACAAAUGACAUCUCUACUGUUUUGCUAUUGUUAAACCGCAUAGCCCUAAACAUUAAUCCAGAACAAAGGACCUUUUUCUGUAUUUACUUUCUUGCUCCCGCCCCAAACAGCUCUGACCAAUAAGCAGAGAGAACAUUAAUGCUUUGUUUUGGUGAACUACAAAUUUUCCUGUGUGAAAACAAACCAAACCAAUGGCAAUUUGCACCAAUGUGAAAACACUCUAAUUCUCCUUAAUCACCUGUUCCCAAACACUGGAAACUCUUUUUUUACUAAAUCAUUACAUUACAUUACAUUACAUGUAAAUCAAAUGUGGUCUAAUUAUCACUGAAGUCAAAACAAUAGACAAACACGAUCUAACUAAAAUAAUAAUAACAAACACAUUGCUGUACUAUUUAUGCCUUUUAUUAAAAACCUUAUCCCAACUGUGAAGCAUGAUGAUGAUGGAGAUAGUAUCAAUGAAGUCAUUUUACUUACUUUUUCUAGCCUGCACUGUAGAUAUUCACUCAAUGUGCUUAAAACAAAAACACAUGAACAGAACAGCAGUUUGUUAUUAGUUGAGUUUGUCUAUAUUUGAGACUUAGAUAUAAUACAUGAUCAGACCACAUUUAUUGCUAAUUAAUGCCAUGUAAUUCCUAAAGUCUUUUUAUAAAAGAAAAUACUGUUGCUGGUUGGGUUUCUUAGCUUCUUAGCACAAAGAUGAUUCUUUGAUAUUCUAAGAUUCUAAGAAUCAUUAAAUUCUUAGCAUCUUACAUUUUAUCAAUGUCCAUCACUUGCUACGAAAGAAUGCAUUUGUGGAAAGAGCAUGGUUACAAGAAAUGUACAGCGAAAAAUGAUUUAGUUUUUUAACAAAAUGUACAAAACCAUAAAAAUGCUAGCUGUGUGCAAAAAAGAUGAAUGAUAGAGGAUUCCAUAAUAACUACCAGAGUUGUAUAAUAUUAUAAACAUUAGAAGCUCUAAUACAAUUUCCUUUCAGAAAGGCAUAGACUUGAAAAUGUGAUCAAAUAUUAAAGGAGACAAAUUAAACUUUAAAACGGCCUUUACAAUGGGGUCUAGUUAAUUAUACAGUAAGUUGAAUGAAAUAACAGCAGUGAUGAAUCUUACUCUUCAUUCUGAACUUUUGAACUGUAGUGUACAAGUGAAUGUUACAAAAAAAUGGAAAAAAGAAACAAAAACUAAACCUGGUGUUGUGUUCAAUUGUAUGAACUGUGUUGACACAAGUCAUUCUUAUGGUCAUUUUGGUGGUUCUGCAAAAGAUGAGGUCAUUUCAUUCAGUAUGAUUUUGAUUAUGAAGAUGAUGAUUAUGAAGAUGAAGAUGAUGAUAUGUUCCCUUUCGUAGCAAUGCAACAAUAAUGCAUGUUGUUUCGCGGAGGCCAGUGUCACGCCAUAUAGAGCAAAUGCCUCAUCAAUUAGAUCCAGUUAAUUUGUGCUAUAGGCCCCACAUGAUUCACUGACAUUUAGCAGAACACAUGGAAUCCCAGUGAAACGAUGCAUCCGAGAGGAUGAAGCAGCGCUGUUUAUCAUUGCUAGACUGUUCCUGUUUAUCGUUGUGAACAUUUCUUUGUCUGGACUGUUGUUUGUGGUGUAUCAGAACUGGUUUCGCCUGUGGGUAUGUGAAGAAUCUCUUAUUGUGAAUGUGCAAUGAUUCAUUAAAUGAGCCGAGUUUAAAGCGUGA